GGGGCAGAGUUUUUUUUGCUAAUUUCCAAGGGCCCCUCGGAGGAAAACACAACAAAAAGGUCAGGAUCGACACACAAAUGAGCUCCCUGUUCCGCAGCCUGAAUCACUUUUCAUCGAAACGCGAAAAUGUCGUGAAGGAGGCGCUCAUCAAUACACUGAACGAAAAUGCCCGCGAGAUAGAGUUCGAGGUGAAACAGAAGAGUUUGGAGGUCGUGGGGUUGUGCGAGCAGACCAGUGCCCUGUGCACCACUUUGGAGGCCCUAUUCCUGCACGGACUCAAGGACUCCUUCCUGUCCGCCACCUUCAAUGUCAUCGCUGGCGAUGUGGAACGCAGGCCGGACCCCAGUUUCUGGUCGCCCUGCAUGGUCUUCAUGCACAAGCAGGUCAUCGAGCAGGUCCAGGGCCUCAGCCAGAUCACCUCGGAGAUUGGCCAGUGCCGCGCCUGGGUGCGCCAGUCCCUCAAUGAAUCCGUAUUCUCCUCCUAUCUGAACAACAUGAGGAAAAACGGAUCGGCUCUGUCGCAGUACUACAAGCGCAACGCCCUGAUUAGAGACUCCGAUGGAAUGGAGACAGCCGCCAAGAUCAUGGAGAGCUUAGAAGCCUAUGUGCAGUUCGAUCUGCCGGUCAACUCCAGUCUGCUUAACCAGUGGCCGGACUACUCACUGCAGCUCUCUGAUCUCUGGACGCCCGCACUCAAAUCCUGUCCGAUAAGCAGCGGCGUGGAUGUGGCCAGUUCACUGGGCUCCGAUAUCAUAGCCAUACCCACGCCCCAGCCCCUGCAGACCAACGAGCUGUUCUCGGAGUCCAUCUCGAAUAGCCCCUUCAGCAGGAACAGCAACUUCGGAGUGCCCGAUCUCAGCCAGCGCGAGAACCUUGAUUUGCUGAUACAAAAGUUCGAUGAGAUGGAUGUGAUAGACGAGGAGCAGACAGCUGGGGCUGCAGCGGAAGCAAGUGAAGCUGCCGAGCCGGAUGUUCCUUCUGGCAGCAAGCCGAGGAUACGCAAAAAAUCCAAUCGUCAAGUGGACAACUCUUUCGCCGAACUGGAUCUUGAGGCACCCUGCCUUCUGCCGCAGGGCAGUAACUCUUUGUCCAAUUUGAUGCAGACCUCCUGGUCUGGUGACCUGAAAGCCACACCCACCUCACCCACAGAGGAUUUGACGGGAUCGAGGUUUUUUCAGCGUUCUGUAAGCGUCAGUAGUGCCGCCAGUCUGCGUUCACCCAACACGGACCGGUGCAGCUACAAUGCCCUGCUGCGAAAGCACGAGAGCAACCGGGAGAGUGGAGCUGGAUGGUCAGAGAUCUGGGAGAAGUUCAGGGCCAGUGCGUCCAAUCUGAAUGUGGCGCAGCCGCAGCGUGAUAGCGAUCCGCCGGUUUCAGAGGACCUGAGUGAUCUGCAGUCACUAGAUACCCACUCUGAGUUUGAGCUGCUCACCUCCGAGUUUGACAUGGUGGAGCUGCAGCAAAUGGUGGCCCAAUUGUGUCAGCUAGCUCGCGAACCGGGUCUAAAUGCCCAGGGAUUCCUCUGCAAAAGCUGCCAGCAUCCGCUGGGCAUUGGAUACUCAAACUUUCAAGUGUGCGCCUUUAGUGGUAGCUACUACUGCAGCAACUGCAUGGAUGUAGAGUUGCAACUGAUACCCGCUCGUAUAAUCUACAAUUGGGAUUUCCGGAAGUACAGCGUGAGCAAGCGGGCAGCCACUUUUCUGGCUGAAUUCCGAUCGCAUCCGUUCCUGGACAUGCAGUUACUGAACCCGCGGAUUUACUUUGCCUCCGAUGCCAUGGCUGAGCUGCAAUCCCUGCGCAUCAGACUCAACUUUAUAAGAGCCUAUUUGUACACCUGUGCUCCGAGCAGCAUAGAACUGCUGCAGAAUCAGUUUGCGGGCAGGGAGUACCUCUACGAGCACAUUCACCUGUACUCCAUAGCGGAUUUGGGGCUGAUUCAACGCGGUGUGUUGUGCCAGCAGCUGCAGAAAGCCUAUAAAGUGGGCGAGGGGCAUGUGCUAAAGUGCAAACUGUGUCAGCUGAAGGGAUUCAUCUGCGAGAUCUGCCAGAGUCCAAGGGUGCUGUAUCCAUUUCACAUCAGCACAACCUUCAGGUGCCUGACCUGUGGAGCAGUUUUCCAUGCAGAAUGCCUGAACGACAAGCAACCAUGUCCCAAAUGCGAACGCAUAAGGAAACGCGAGGAUCAGGGCCUCCAGGAGGCAGUGCAAUGUCUCAAGCAGAAGAACGAGGUCGCCUAGGAUCAGCCAUACCUUAGUCUUUAAGUUUAAAAAGUGCGAUUUGUUAUUACAUGUAACCAAGAAAAGGCUUUACUUUAUAUUUAAACUAGGCUUAAGUCUAAAAUUGUUAUGGCUUGAGAGCAUUUACACUUACUCAAAAUAUAUUGCUUACACCACA